AUGGCGGCACAGGCAGCUUUGAUCGAAGAAACCAUUAUUGGCUUGAAAAAAGCAUUGCGACGAGAGAAUGAGAAUUCAGGACCAGACGAAGCUAUUACUCAGCCUACGAACCGAGGAAACAAGUUACGAGCGAAUGCAAAAUAUGUUCAUGAAGGUUCUCUUGGGUUUUCGAAUCCGCGCGAUUUCUAUAAACAGAAAAUCGAUCAUGCUGGAUACACCCGCUAUAUUCUACACCGAAACCCGCCGCGAUUUGAUUCCGAAGGUGAAGAGAUUGACGGCGAUGAAGAACCAGACACAGAGGCCGAGGCAGAGGCGGCAGAAGACAAUCCUUUUGCAGGGAUCGCUCUCGAACAUAUUCUCUGCCCUCUCAAACAAGCUUCGGAGCUCCCCGACCAUCCCACCCUAUCCCAGCCUUACCGAUCAAAAGCCCUGCCAACAAUGAUCAAAGCAAUUGACGAAAAACUUAGAAGAGAACGCGCACUUCUCGCUCGCGCGCAUAAUUUACACCGGCUGUUCUUGGGAGAUUCAGUUUGGAUGUCUUGUGGUGCUGUGGAGUCGAAAGAGGAUCCGUUUAUAUUCAGAACGCGCGAUGCAGAGGCUUCGCAUCAGCAGCAUAGAGACAAUGGAUCGCAAAUAGCAAGGAGUCAUGGGGAACAUGUUGAUGCUGACGACACCACCCAACCAGGUGCUCAAUCGAGUGAUAAAAAUGGAGGCGAUGAUGUUGAGAUGGUAGAAGCUCCCGUAUCCGAACAGGAUAAAAUUGCGGAGAAUGGGGAACUUAAACAGGAGGACGUUCCUUCUUCAUUGAGAGACGUAUCACGACAUAGCGAGGGGGCAGAAGCAGAUUCAACAGCCAGGGAGAACAAUUCGUCCGACAACGGCAAUCUCAAUAACAAAGAUCAAGGACCCGAUACAACACAAUCAUCUCCACACGCACUGGGAGCGGAGGGAGGCGAUACCGCCAUGCAAGAUGCAUCAGAAUCAAAAAGCAACGAAGGCACCUCAUCCCCCGAACCUCCAAGACGAAUGACCACACGCGCACAAGCAAACGCAUCUACAUCAAACGAGAACGGAGCCACGAGCAGCAGCUCACGAUACCCCUCCCCUGACGCAGCCACACAACUCUCAACAGCCCAUCCCAUGUUCCUCACCUCCGACGAGAUCCGACCAGAUAAAGACUUCGGCCUCCCUUCCAACGAAGCAGAAGAUACCCGCCGCCUCCUAUGGUCAUACAUCCAAAAACAAGAAGAAACAGUCCGCAACUUCACAUACAUGCUAAACUCCUUACUCAGAGCCGACCAUCUCAAAGAAGACGUUUUCGAAUGGUGCAAGGCGGAGGGACAUAUCGGCGAGAUGAGUGAUGGUGAAGAUUGGUAUGACAGAGAGAAAUGGGGAUUGGCGGAAGGCGAGGAUUUGAAGAAAGGUGCUGAUGAUGAUGAGGUUGAGACUGCUGUUGUUGAAGAACGGACGACAGGGAAGAGAGGUCGUAGACGUCAGUAA